AUGAGGGAUUAUCACCGCCCAUCACCUCUAUUGACCAUGGAUCAGAUCCCAACUACACCGGAAGGAAGAAGUCCUCCGAAAAAGCUACCUUGUAGUGCGAGUUCUGUCGUACUACAUUGUCCUUCUACUCAGCUAAAAGUGCAUCCACAUGGAAUAUCCGCCAAGAAACAUGCUGAAGAGACAGUAUCACACGAAGGGUCCUUAUUUGCAAAUAGCUUCGAUCCCAAUGUGUCGCUCGAUAAUAUUAGGAGAGGUAGAUAUGGGAAGACGGAGCAGAAUGCUGAAGUUCAAUCGGAUGAUCACUCUAAUGCGUUGGAUCAAAUAGAUAUAAACAAAAUGUUUCCCCAUGCAGGCCAUUGUGGAAACGAUGAACCCAAGCAAGAGAGCAGAUUGAUGCUGAUGAACCAAUCACCAAUACAUAUAGAUAUGAGCUCACCCGUUAAGCAGAGAGACGAUGAUGAUGCAGGGGUCGAAGAUGGUGAAAACGAGCCUGUUUCAAAAAAAGUGAAACUUGAGUUGGAAAGUGUCCCAAAUCUUACGCAAGGUGUUGCUAAUGAGCAGUUCAAUGAUAUAAAUCUAAGCUCUCCUGAGGCAAUUGAAAUGAUUGAGACGAAAAGCAGUCCCAUAAAAGAUUUUUCUGAGAUCAAUGAAGAACAAGAGCAACAGCAGGGACCAGGACAACACAGCCCGCAUCAAGACGUCAAAGGAUCAGAGUUUCAGAAGUCCAAUGAGCGUGACCCAAUAGAAACACCACCAAAAAAUAGAUCGGAGAAUAUACUGAGUCUUCCACAAUUAAUACCUGUAUUCAACCAUAAUGAUACGGAAUCUUCAUUAAACAAUAGAUUACAGAAAUCAUUUUACUUGGUAGAUAAUACCGAUUUGAAAAACAGUUACGAAUUUCAGGGAUUGAGUAAAAGGAAUCAAGAGCUCAUCGAAGAAAUUCACAGUAUGAACGAAAGAGUAAAUGAUCUCACUGCAGACAAUGACUUGGCUUUUCAUGAGUAUAAAAACAUCAAAAUGAAGUUGGAAAAUUCUUCAUCAACGUAUGAAGCAGAAAUUAAAAAGCUAAAUACUGCUGUCAAUAGUAUAUCUUCGGACAGAGAUAAAUAUCAAGAAAGGUUGAAUAAACUAAAGCAAAUGUUGAAUGAAUCGAGAGACGAGAUUAAAAUGCUAAAUCAGAAUCAAUCAAUAUUGCAAAAGAAGUACGAGACAGCAACAAAGGAGGCAGAUAGGUGGAAAAAGCUAUCCAACGAAAUUGAAGGGAAUUUUCUGGAAAUGAGAAGUGUAGCGAUGGAGAGAAACGAUAAAUCAAAGGAAAUGGAAGAUAAGGUAAAUGCCCUUACCGAGAAAAUUGCCUCAUACGAAACUGAAAACACUGAAUUAGAAGCCCUUAAUAAUGAGAUAAAGGAAAAAUAUAAUGCUUUAGAGGAACUUCUAUCUAAGAAUGAUGACGAAUUGAAAAGAUUGAAAGCACAACACAAUGAAUCUCUUGCGGCUCAAAAAGGUGCCAGUGAUGAGAUUUCGAAUCAAUUGAAUGAUUUGGUAGCUGCAAAACAUGCUCUGGAGCUGCAGCUUAAGGUUUUGCAAGACGAUUCGAAAGAAAAGAUUGCCUUAUUAAAUGAAAGUGUUGUUGAAAAAAAAUCGUUGCUCGAGUCGGCCACAAAAAACUUUAACAAUGUCCAAAACAGCCUCCAAACUCUACAAAAUGAAUUAACUGAAAAGAAUCAGCAGCUAAAAUCUAUGCAAACAAAGCAUGAAUCUCUCGAUGAUGAAAGUGAAAUUCGCAAGGCAGAGAUAGUCGAAUUAAAUGAGAAAAACGAAGAACUAAAGGAGCUCAACCUGACACUUGAAAACUCAGUUUCUCAGUUGGAAGGAAAGCUGAAGGAACUGAGAGAGAAUCUAGAUAGGGAAAGAGGUUCUCCAGAAAGAGAGACAGAGUAUUUAAAAAAUAUGAAUAUUGAGGCAGAACAUCUGGCCGAAUUGGAAGAUCUCCAUGCCAAUAUGAGUACCUUACAGGAAUGCUUGAAGAAAAAUUCGGAUACAAUUUCUCGAUUAAGGAUUGAAAAUGAAUCCUUAAAAAAUAACCAGCAAACUGGACAUAUCGAGCACGAAAAAGAGCCCAAGGAAGCUUUAAUAUCUAAUUUGCGUAAAGAAGUUGAAGAUUGGAAAGAAAAAUAUAGCAGCAAGGAGCAGGAAUCAAACAAGUCACUCAAGUUGCUUGCUGAAGACCUUUAUAUCCAAUAUUCCUCCAAACACGAGCAAAAAGUGAAGCUACUGAAGAGAGGAUACGAGACAAAAUAUCAAAGUAAACUGGACAAACUUAACUUAAAAAACGAAGGUUUGGCGGAAGAGUUACAGCAUUUGAGAAAUCAAUUAGCGUCCGAAAGAAAAGAAAAGCAGAAACUAUUAUCUUUAAUCGACGAAAAUAGGCGGCAUAAAAAUCUUGAAGACUAG